AUGCCGUAUAUCACUGUAAACCAGAAGCGCCUGCACUAUGCAGACUCCAACCCAGCAGCUGAGGGCCAAACCUACGUCUUCAUCCACGGCCUCGGAUCCUCGCAAAACUACUAUGGCGCCGUACUGCCGCAUCUCACGCCGAGCACCAACAGGUGCAUAGCGAUCGACACGUAUGGCUCUGGAAGAUCGCAUUACACGGGGCUAGAGCAAUCAAUUGACAGCAUCGCCCAGGACAUUGUGAAAGUGAUGGAUGCCUUGAAGGUCCCCAAGGCCGUGCUUGUCGGUCAUUCCAUGGGGGGAACCGUGGUGCUGCAUCUUGCAGCCAGAUAUCCGACGCGAGUGGUUGCGCUGGUGACUAUUGGGCCUGUGCAUCCAACGGCUAGUACGGGCCAGAUAUUUGAGAAGCGGAUUCAGAUUGUGUCGGAGGAUGGAAUGGAGCCCAUAGCCAACUCAGUCCCCCGCGCAGCAACUGGCUCUGGAAGCACCCCCUUGCAAAGGGCUUUCAUCCGAGAGCUGAUCCUAGGGCAGAGCCCCGAGGGCUAUGUCUCGCUCUGCCACGUCGUGUCUGAAGCAACGGCACCGGAUUAUGCGGCCGUCAAGGCCCCGCUGCUCAUUAUUGCGGGGGAUGAGGACAAAUCGGCGCCGUUGGAAGGAUGCAAGCAUAUUUUGGCGCAUGCGUCCAGCUCUACGAAGACGCUUGAGAUUUUGCAGGGAGUGGGCCAUUGGCACUGCAUAGAGGCGAGUGACGAGCAUGUGGACACUGAAUAUGCAAGGUGGUUUAAUGAGCAAAAAAUAACAAGCAGCUACUAUGCCUUUGUGGGCCGGCGAUAA